AUGCCCUUCCUCUUCAGCCAUGUCUGUGACCUCUUCCAGCAGGUCGCUGAGCUCCCAGCGGCUGAUCGAAGUCGACCUCGGUCAGUCAACCUGGUCGUCCAAUCUUGGUUUGCAGAGCACAGGAAGGAGGUCGAUGCGUUGAUCGUCGAACGACCAACGUCCUCCGCGGCCGGCUCAUCAGGUGCCGCCGCCCUCCUCUCCACCCUCCUGCCCGAUCGCCGCACCGACCGCGUCUAUGCCCUGCAGGCCCGCGGCCUCCAGCGCAUCCUCAUCCGCGCUCUUGGUCUCGGCCACUCUCGCGUCCCUGAACUCUCUCGCUGGAUGCGCCCCUGCGACCAUGCCACCACGGGACCCGUGGACCUUGCCGACUGCGUCGAGGCCAUCCUCCAGCGGACACCCAAUCCCACGCCCAAUGUACCCGUCACCGUCGAGGAGAUCGACGCCACUCUGCACGGCGUCGCUGCACGCUGUCGGUUCAGUGCACCGGCUGUUCGGGGGCGACAUAGGGCGAGCCCGUCGAAGAACGACUUUAUUGCGCCUCCGCCGACGCAAGAUGCCCUCGCCCGUCUGUACCAGCGCCUCGACCCAUGCGGCGCCAAGUGGCUGACACGCCUGAUUCUCAAAGACCUGAGGCCGGCUGUGUUCGACGGGGCGGUCGUGGCGCGUGCCUUCCACCAGUCCCUGCCGCAGGCUCUGCAAGUCUAUGCGGAUCUUGAGGCGGCGGUCCUGUCUUUAUCUGGUGACAAUGACAUUGUCCGCCCCCGCCUCGGCGUCAAGGUCGGCCGCCAGCAAUGGGCCAAAGGCCGCAGCGUCCAGCACUGCAUCGCCAUGGGCGGUCCGCAGCGGAUGAGCUGUGAGCACAAGAUGGACGGCGAGUACGUGCAGGUGCAUGUCAACCUCGUCAACGGACCGGACCACAAAGACUGUCUUCAACUCUUUUCGAAAAGUGGCAAGGACAGCACAUGGGACCGCGUGAACCUGCACAGUGCCAUCCGCGAGUCGCUGCGCCUCGGGCAGCCUGACUGUCCGAUCACCAAAGGGUGCAUCCUCGAGGGCGAAAUGCUAGCCUACGACGAGAAGGCGAGUCGCCUGCGGACGCCCGUCAAUGCUGGUUGGAAUUUGCGUUGCUAA